GAAACAUGCGUCACUGUGACGUGUUUUUAAGCGGACUGAAGGAGGAAGGUUUGAAAUCAAAUAACUUUAAUAGUACUAUUAUUACUAGGCGAUAGAUGCAUUACAUUCCGAAAUGGAAGUGAAUGGUGCGGUGAUUUAUUUCUAAAGUUAACGAUCAACUAUAAUUGUGAAAUGCCUUUCACGCGAUCUACCGUUAGGAAAAAGUCGCAUUGAUAGCUUGCUAGCAAGCUAGCCACAGCGAUCUGUUUGUCCCUCUUCGCAGAGACACCGCGGCUAGUUUUGGAAGGAUGGCAAGUGUACAUGAAAGUUUUUAUUUCAACCCCAUGAUGACCAACGGAGUGGUCCAUGCUAAUGUUUUUGGGAUUAAAGACUGGGUCACUCCGUAUAAAAUCUCUGUAUUGGCGUUACUAUACGAGAUGACAUCGUCUACGAUCACUCUGCCGGAAAGAAGACGCCUGAAUAAACUCAUUUUACCCCUACAGCAGAGCUCGGACCUGUCUCUUGGCCAGUUCCUCAAGCUUGUGGAAGAGUGUUGUCCUGAAACCGCAUAUUCCGUCAAAGCAAGGCUGCAGGAAAUUGUAGAUGGAGAGCUGAAGGACAUGGAACAUUUCUUUUCCACUCUGCUCACUCCGUUCACAGCUUUUGAUUCAGAGGCGUAUAAAACCAGUGUUGUGGGUCUUUUCAUGAGACACAUGCUCCUGGCCUAUAACAAGCUUUCCUUCAGUCAAGUGUACAAGUUGUACAAGUCCCUGCAGCACUACUUUCCCAGCAAUGACUGCCAAGUGGGUUUGAUGGCACUGCCAAUGAAUGACUCUGAUAUGGAUCUCACCAGCAUUGAGGAUACAAUCGGCGACCAACUAGACAGAGAAAUUCAGCCUAAAAACACUCCAAGCCGAGGUCCCCUCUCACAAAAACAAGCAGAGUACUUUCUUGCAAGACAGGCGUACCUUCUCAAGAACGACGAGAACAAAUCCUUAAAGCCUGCAUUGCUGCAAGAGGAGCUCAAUAACAUGCUCAAGUUCAACCCAGACUUUGCUGAAGCGCACUACUUGAACUAUCUGAACAGCAUCAGAGUACAGGACAUCUUCCUCUCCACCCACAGUCUCUUACAUUAUUUUGACCGGCUGAUCUUAUCUGGGAAUGAAGGGAAAAGCAACGGAGAAGAAGGCUACGGCAGAAAUCUUCGCUAUGCCACUCUAAACCUGGCCAGCCUUCACUGUCGCUUUGGGCACUACCUGCAGGCUGGUCUGGUCCUGCAGGAGGCCAUCCGAAUCGCUCAAGAGUCCAACGAUCAUGUCUGCUUGCAGCACUGUUUGAGUUGGCUCUACACUCUCGAGCAGAUGAAAGGAUGCGACAGCACCGUUUUAACUGAGGAUUCUGUCAAAAUGGCCGUUCAUUUCUGCCUGCCGUACCUGGCAUCGCUGGGCAUCCAGUCUUUGGUACAGCAGGGGACAACACAAGGUAAAACGGCGCACAAGCUGAUGGAUGCGCUGAAGGACACGGACAUCCUGCACUGGAAGCACAGCCUGUCGGAGCUGAUUGAAAUCAGCCUGGCUCAGACUACGUCAAUAUGGAGGAUGUACGGGAAAAGCACCAUGGCUCUACAGCAGGCCCAACUGCUUCUCCACAUGAGCAGCUUGGAACCGGUCAAUUACGGGGUCCAGCAGAACAACACUGAGGCUUUUGCUGUGGCUCUCUGCCAUCUGGCUGAAUUGCAUGCUGAGCAGGGCCUGUAUGCCGCAGUUUCAGACAUCCUCCAGCAUCUGAAAGAUCAGUUUCCUGCUCACACACAGCAUGCCAAGCUCUGGAUGCUUUGUGAUCUAAAAAUCCUGUUUGAGCGGCACAUGACUGAAGGAAAAUACAAUUUGGCCGAGCAACUGGUCACUUCCAUUUCUGCUUUAAACAAAACAGAGGGUCUCUACAGGAAAGUGCAAGUUUUAAAAGUUCUUAAUCGAACCACUGAGGCUUACAGCAUCUUGCAGCGAUUGCAGGUGCACUGCGAGAAGACCAAAUGCACAGAAAUGAUCAUCAGAGUUAUGCUUUGCACUGCUGAGGUCCACUGGGAGUCCUCUGGCUUCUCCACAGCCCUUCCUCUCCUCUUCCAAGCUUUAGCUCUGGCCCGACAGCACCACCUACAGUCGCUGGCCUCGGAAACCCUCCUUCACCUGACCUUUACGCAGUUGAUGUUGGGCGUACCCGAGCAGGCUCUUCUUGUCCUGCAUGAAGCCAUCGAGCCUGUUCUGGCCCAUGGAGCGCUAGUGGACAAAGGGCGCGCCCUGCUGCUGGCAGCUCGCUGUCACAUGGCUGUUGCUGGAUUUAGGCCAAAUAGACAAGGGCAAGCAGCAGAUUUGCAUGUUGCGGUUUCAGCGGUGGACAUGUUAAAUGAGGCUGCAGUUUAUUUCUCCAAACUGAACUGCAAGGGCCAACUGCGAGAGGUCCACUACCUGCAGGCUCAGCUCUACCAUUCUCUGGGACAAACUUUACAACGCAACAAAAGUGCCAUGCUCUUUCGCCUAUUGGACCAGGAACUACAAUCACCAGCACUGCCUCUCUCUAUGCGCCUCUAACUCCCAUUGGACAAAUGACGUUUGAGCUUUGAAAGUAGCCUCAACUGGCCACUAGAUGGCAGCAAGGCCCCGUUAUGCUUGGUUCUCCUCACAGCCCCUUCACCUUGAACAAUUUAUUUAUAUCAACUAGAGGAGAAUGUGAAUCACCUUUUGUUGUAUUCCUGCUUAAAUCAAAUUCAAUAACCUUUCUAGAGAAACAAACUAUACCUCCACUUGUACCACUAUGGUGUUCAAAUAGUGUCCUCGUAGGUUGGAACGAUGGCACAAUGCGAAACAUAACAUGGUUUCAGAGCUUGCACCGCGACAGUAAGCCGAGGUAUAGCAGACACUGUUAGAUAUGGCAAACGUUUGUCACGAGCUGUCAUUCCUCUGUGAUUUUUAGCUGCAGCCUUUUGAUGAAUGGAGGUAAUCUUACUGUUUCACUGGCCCGGAUAAUAUUCACAGUCCACCAGGAAAAUACCAAUGAUGAAUCAGCAGACAUAAAUUGUGAUUCUACUUGCAAUGUAGAAAACCUGCCAUGACAUAACUAGACACAGUCUGGUUGCCACUUAUCCUUGACACGCUCGCUGUGUGAAGACUGAUAACAUCAGCUAUAUUCUCUGACUAGACAUUUUCCCCCCCAAAAAAUAAAGGUGUCGUUUUGUCAUUUUUA